UCCGUAUGGCAUUUGGAGCAACUCCAGUAAAUAAUGGUAAAUACGUGGUAAAUACGGAUGCACGUGAUGCGCGAGAAGCGGCAUGAGAAUUUAAUAGAAAUUUUUGAUCAGUGUGGGCUGUGACGUUUCUGAACGUCAUUGGCAUGAACUGUCACUUAAUUUUGUUUCGGUAUGCGUUUUUGAAAAAGAUCCGGAUGGAGCAAAAAGUAAUCCGGAAUUUAGCAAGGACUGGAGCCGGGAGCUGAGAAAUUCGGUGCUGUGUGCAAACGAACCCCCCAAGCAAGACUAAAGGCUAUACAUUUUUUUCCUUCGAAACAUGGAAUAGAAAGCCACGCAUCCCGCCGCAAACUUUUAACUUUGACACUUGCUCAAGUGAAGUAUUUAAUCAAGAAUGACCGAGAUCUUGACCGAGAUGCAGCCUUGCGGCCAGUUGGUUGGCCAUUCCGGCUGUCUCACUCAGAUCGCGAACGACUCCAAGUACACGGACAUUGUCCUGUCCUUUUCGAACGACAUGACCCAGAUCUUGUGGAAGCUAACCCGGGACGACGCCAACUACGACAUCCCGCAGAAGCGUCUGACUUUAGACGGCAACAACGCCAUGUCCGAUUCCAGGGACAAGACCUUCCGGCUGUGGGGGUUGGCCGCUGUCGGGUCGACCGCAGCUCCGGAAAAAAUGCUAAGGAGGCAAGGUUGUCAUAUUUAUUUGUAGGUUG